GAGAGAGACGAAUAUUGACCGGGUCGAUCCCUCCACCCUCCACGACCCGCCGCCCGCCGCCAUCUACGUCGCACCUCCAGGAAAAAAUUCCUUUCGGGUUGACAUGGACUAAUCUCAUUGUUCAUCUAUCGACUAAAGAACUGCUCUCUCUCUCUCUCUCUCUCUCUCUCUCUCCGCUUAGGAACAUCUCAGCAGCUUAAAACUCUUCGUCUCAUUCCUCGACCCAUCUUCCUUCUUCCCCACGUUCUCCUUGUUUUCUCUCCGAUUAGUGGUUGCUGCACGGUUCGUCGAUUCCCGUAAAUUUAUUCUCUGCAACUUUUCACCCAACUUCCGAUGUCAUCUUUUCUCUCGAUUUCUCUCAUUUUUCCGCAAACCCAUUACUUUCUAUUACUUCUCUUGGCUUGUUUCUCCGUACAAUUGCAGCCCUCCUGUUCGAAUCCAAGAGACACAGAUGCAGCUCUCAUAUGCAGCAACGCCACCGCCCCGGCAUCCGAGCGCCCAGCUUUCACCGCUAAUUACGUGGCGGCGUUAGACGCCGUGACCCAGGGAGUCGUCGCGCGGGGAUACGCCACCGCCGUCAAAGGCACCGGCAACAACACGGUGUACGCGUUCAGUGAGUGCAUGAAAGAUCUCUCGGCGUCGGAUUGUAACCUCUGCUUCUCCAUGGGCAAGGCCCAGGUCAUGCGGUGCCUCCCUUUCAGUUUGGGUACGCGCGGGGGAAGGCUUUUCUAUGAUGGGUGUUACCUAAGGUUCGACGAUUACAUGUUCUUCAACGAAAUAUUGAGUGCCCAAGACAGGACUGAGUGCGGGAAAGCUGAAUUUGAGGGGAAUAGGGCUGUUUUUGGGGCUAAUGCGAUGCAAUUGGUGCGAAAUUUGAGCGUUGAAGCACCGAAGAAUGGUGGGUUCUUUGUGGGGUCUGUGAAUCGGGGGAAUGUAUCGGCUUAUGGGUUGGCUCAGUGCUGGAAGUUCGUGCAGGGGAAAGCUUGCGAGAAGUGCUUGGUGGAUGCGGUUGAUGAAAUUGGUUCGUGUACUCCCAAGGUAGAAGGGAGGGUGUUGAAUGCUGGGUGUUACUUGAGGUACUCAACUCAGAAGUUUUAUAACAAUUCCACCAUUGAUGCAGCAGAAAACAGGGGAGGACACCGCCACUUAGUCAUUAUCCUUCCAGUAAUUUCCUCAAAUCUAGCUCUUCUGCUGAUUGUCGUAUCUGCUGCUGCUUUUAUGGGGAAGAUAAUUACGGAGAGGAGGAGAGGGAGGAAGCAGCUAGGUGCUUUGUUUGCCACUUUAAAUAAGUCCAAACUCAAUUUUUCAUAUGAAACUCUUGAAAGGGCCACAAAUUACUUUCAUCAUUCCAAUAAACUGGGACAAGGAGGAUCUGGUUCAGUUUACAAAGGUGUUUUGCCAGAUGGGAAGACUGUUGCCAUAAAGAGGCUCUUUUUCAAUACAGGACAAUGGGCAGACCAUUUCUUCAAUGAAGUCAACCUGAUCAGUGGCAUCCAUCACAAAAAUCUUGUAAUGCUGUUGGGAUGCAGCAUUACAGGUCCAGAAAGCCUUCUUGUUUAUGAAUUUGUGCCAAAUCAAAGCCUUUAUGAUCACCUACUCGGUGAAAGGAAUGUUCGGCCGCUGAGUUGGGAAGUGAGGUAUAACAUCAUAUUGGAUACAGCUGAGGGCUUGGCCUAUCUUCAUGAGGAAUCAAAGUUGAGGAUAAUACAUAGAGACAUAAAAGUAAGCAACAUUCUGCUUGAGGAGGAUUUUACAGCAAAGAUUGCCGAUUUUGGGCUUGCUAGAUUAUUUCCUGAAGAUAGGACUCACAUCAGCACUGCUAUUGCUGGCACACUGGGCUACAUGGCACCGGAAUAUGUAGUUUGCGGCAUAUUGACUGAAAAGGCAGACAUCUAUAGUUUUGGUGUUCUUGUGAUUGAAGUUGUCAGUGGAAAAAGGAACAACUCCUUGGCAGAGGAUUCAUUGUCUGUUCUGCAAAUGCUUUGGAAUCUUUAUGGAACUGGAAGACUCCGUGAUGCUGUUGAUCCAGUCCUGGAGAGUACAUUUCAAGAAGAGCAGGCAUCUAGUUUACUCAAAAUAGGCUUACUUUGUGUACAAGCUUCUGCAGAAUUGCGCCCAUCAAUGUCAGUUGUAGUGAAAAUGCUUAAUGGUAACCAUGAAAUUCCUCAGCCAACACAACCACCAUUUCUCAAUCCUAGUGCUACAUCAACUCCACCAUUAGUGAGUCCCUCUUAUCCCAAGUCUAACUCCCCGUAUUCUGGAAAUGACAUGAUAGAAAGCUGGAUAGAGCCAAGAUGAACAGUUCCAAAACAUUCUUCAAACUAUACAUUUUUUUAUUCAAAAUGAUUUCUGGGGACCCAAUUUAAACCAGGCUGCGCUGCUCCUGACUGAAGUGCAUUUGACUUUAUGGGAUAUUCUUUGGUUUCAAUUUCACCUUUUGCUUGGCAGGACGUCGAAAGGGGAGUUUUUCCAAGCUGAGCUGUUUCAAGUAGCUCUGUCACCUGUUUGUAAUGGAUCUAAUGGAUUCAUGUAUAGCUGGAUCCGGUUGCAGUUGGGCAUCCUAAGCUUGAUUAUGUGUGAAGAUAUGACAAUUAAGUUUCAUUGUUCUUGGCAUUCUUCAUGUUCUAGCUUAGUAGAAAGGCAUAGUUAGAGACCUGUAAAGCUACUUAUUCUUUGGCAUUAUGUGAUCUCUUGAGAAACUUCAUUGUACAAGGAAAAUCUGCCUUCUGUAAACUGUGUAAAUGACAAUUCAUCAUUUGAAAAAUAGUUGUAACCAGAUUAUGCAA